AUCAACUACAUAUGUGCAAGCAGGUCCCGGCGCCACCACAGUCGCCCAAAUGUCAUGAACAAAGGAUUGACCGCAGCCUCCUGCGUCUCUCAUCAGCGGCAAUCCUUCCUUUGGAUUUCCGACGGGCUCCUAGCCGACACUUUUGCGCGGUUUUGUCACCAGAAGCGUCAUGGCAGCAAUGUUCCAGGCCCGUUGGAAGCUCAGCGAAGAACCUCGAGGCGCAAGAACACAAGUUUCGCCUACACUUCUCAAGGCGCACCAGCGAUCGACCCAGCUCUGGUGUUUACGCGCAGUCAGAACAUUGACUGGUGGCACACUCCCACCGACUGCGAGCUAGCCAAAGUACCCGCACCUACGCCUCACCUGUCGGCGUGGCUCUUCCCGAAUCGUGAAUCAUUCCCAGACCCUUCGGACACCUCCCACGACGGGCCGUCAGUACCGCAGUUGCAAUGCGAUACCCAGGACGAACUCUCUCAAUGUCGCGAUCUUUUCGAGGUGCAAGAAUGGAUGGCAAGGCAGGAUGUCAGGCUACAUGACAACACAGAAGUUGGCAAUUCCAUCUGGAAGCAUAUCUUGCAGACUCCAUUCUCUGCAGAAGAGAUUGCAGAAUAUAUCAGCGAUCCCAGUUUUCACCCCCCAGGGACAUCCUAUAUCGCUCAACUCCUUCCGACGUUACUCUCUCGCACAUGGGGCGUACGCGAUUGGAGACUUGUCCGGGACUCGACCGCGAGGUCUGUAGAGCUAGGUCUGAUCGGUCUCUAUGACUUAAAAACGAUACUCAAAACUUUGUACACCUCGGAGACGAUUUCCUUCCGACGCACAGGAGGUAUCCUGGUAGAAACAAAGAGAGAAACAAUAUAUUUGACCCAUGACAUCUUACAGGCUAUAGGACGAUCAAAGGUUUUGCAGCUGUCCGAGCUCGGUACCUCCUUCUUAUCAAGACUAUUUUCAACGCUGCUGAAGUUCGACACUCCUGGGCUGAGAAGUCCACUUGCACCGAUAUUGUGGGAUCUUGUGCCCUGGGGUCGAGCGAACAACGCGGCCAUGUUCAGUCACUUCGUGGUUCGACAUUUGAGGGAUUGCGGUCGAAAUGCCCAUGAGCAGGCCUCACAGAGCUCAACAGCAGUCUUGUUGAAGAAGGCAUCUCCUGCUCUGCUGCGAAUGCUAUUAUUACAUACCACAGAGAACCUAGUCAAAUUAGCUAGGGAUCAGCCAACAAACACCUACAAACAUCUCUUUCGCCGUUGGAUCGAUAUCCUGGCCUCUCUAGGAUACGCCGGGGAGAAUUCGCAACCCACGAGAAGUGACUGGGUUAUUUACAGGAGUCAUGAUAGGAGCCUUACUCAGCAUCAACGUGAGAUGAUAUGUGCUUGGACAGCCUUCCAUUUGACACAGCACACUCGGAGGUCACCGAGCAUACAAGCCCAACUCCGCGGCCAUCACUUGUUUGGAAAGACUAUCAAGUCGGUGCUUCUUGAUCAGGGCCUGAAGAAGGUACACUUCUAUGGACGAGCUCAAUCAGCCCUUGGUGGCCUCGCUCUUCCAAAUAAAUCGGUCCUUCUCAAUGAACUUGAACUAGUUACAUCAAUGCCAGUGGCUCCAAGGUCGAAUCAUUCUGAAAGUCAAGUUGAGGACUCUCUGCCGUACGACUUGUCUCUUGUUCUCGAAGACCGGGUUUACAGGCACAAACGCCAACGUCUCCGUUUCAAUGGUGCCCUAGAGGAACUGGGGGAAUGCCUCAAUCACGAUUUGACCGACUUUUGUUCCAUGUCCCGCCGCUUGAUCCACAAGAACGACACCUCAUUCGAUAUUAUUACAAGGUUAUUGGACUGUAACAGUCCUCUCAAGGCAGCUUUGUCGACGAGCAUCCGCCAGAGCCAGGCAGGACAACAGGGAUCACAAAAGAAAGGCGCUCUGACCUUGACGGAAUCCGAACGCUCGCAAAACAUGCUUGACCCAGCUCAGGCUCUCGCCCUAGUCAACCAUCUUGCCAUUUCCUUUGCCACAGCCCCAGUCGCAAGGCCUCGACGAGCGUUGAGACGAGUUUAUUGGUGCUACCGAUUCCUUCACCGCUAUGGCGCCCCAAUAGAGCCAGAUAUUACGAAAGCAUUGUGGCAUGCCGGCGUCACGCGCAUUGGUGAGGGUGGGUACGGGGAGUUUGGUACGGCCAAAUCCUUCUUGAAGUGGAUCCUGUGGCAGGUCAAUCUUGUGGAGGGCAAGGACGUAGCCGCUCAAUUACUCUGGAGUCGCAGCUACCGUUUGGAACGUCGAGCUGAAAUGAUCGCGCUUGCAGGGCUGCCUGGUCAUCAAUGCCUGACCAAUGGUGACAUGAUUACCGAAGGGGUCCAGCACCCGCCAAACCAGUACGAAUGCAACCCUUUGAGCGCCUCGAGAUUGGACGCAGGAUGCCUGGCUCUUCUUUCCAGCGCCAACACCGAACAUGACCCCGUCCUUCAAGAUUCAAGUCAGGAGGACAACCCCGAAACAGACACGGACACGGGGUUGGAUCAUGAGGCGCAGCAUUGCAAUGGCGGUCUGUUAGAAAGGGUCUCGACCACUGACAGUGACGGUGUGAAAGAAGUCGAUCCUUCCACCACCGCCAUCACCGAGAAGAGAAUGCAUGACUUGAUGGUCCUGCAGAGGAUACGGCAUGUCAAAUUGAGUGACGUGCUGGCUCAACCUUUCUGGUACACCAAGUCAGAGCGAAGGAUGGAUUGGGAGAGGAGAAGACUACAGACACGGACACAAGCGGGGAGUUCAAGCUCGGCUGCCCCUGAGUCUUGAGCUGUGGCGCCUACAUGACUCGGGUUCAGGGUCUUGUUCGUAGUUGGUUCGAAACGUAUCGAGCAUAGAGACUAUGUGAUGUCAAAGAAUCGAAAUGAACGGGUGAAAUCUCGAGCGGAUCUCUCUUUAUCCAACCCUUUUUUUUAAACAAUAACAAUACAAAACUUACAAGGUCACUAUUCGUAAU